CGUCGCUAGGAGACCGGGGGACGCCGGCCGCCGGGACACGGCGCCGCGGGGGGUUGUAACCGCCGCCAUGGCCGGCCCGCGGCGCCCGCCGGCAGCAGCCGCCGUGUCGGCGGAGGACGAGCUGCUGCUGCUGCAGAGCCAAGCGCUGGCCCGCGAGGAGGCGGCCAAGGCCAAGGCCGAGAUGCUCACCCGGUUCCUGAAGGACAAGCUGGGCAAGGAGGAGAGAAACAGUGCCCUGAACCGGCGCAAGCUGGAGGCGCAGUGGCGGGCGGUGCUGCGGGAGACCAAGGACGAGGAGCUGCGCCGGGACGUGGAGAUCCUGCGGCAGACCAUGGCGCGGGUGAUGGACGGCAAGGACAGCGCUAUCGAGUCCCUGGCCACGGACCUGCAGGAGGCAGAGGAGCAGCACGCCCGGGCCCUGCGCAGCCACCUGCAGCUCACUGACCGCCUGCUGCAGCUGCAGCGCGGCCGCCUGCGGGGCCUGCAGGACGGGUACGACAAGCAGCUGCAGGCCAUGACGGCCGAGUUUGAGGCUGAGAGGAGAGCCAUCCUGGAGCAGCAGGAGCGGGAGGGCUGUUACCUGCGGGACGUGGCGCUGGCGACCAAGCAGAGUCACGCCGAGAGCGACCGUGAGGCCACACUGAGCUUCCAGAGCGCCCAGGACGACAUCAAAAACAAGGGCCUGCAGGAGCAGCAGUUCAGUCGCAUUCAGCUGGGUGGGAAGGUGCAGGAGCUCUGGGAGCAGCUCCAGAGGGCCAUGCUUGCCUACACCGAGGCCACCGAGCACCACAAGAUCGCUUUUGAGGCGCUGAAGCAGAAGGACGAGAAGAGCUCCAGGGAGAUAGAGACGCAGGCGAAGAAGCUGCAGAAACUGCAGGACUCGGUGGCGGCCGCCAGGGGCCGCGUGUCGGCUCAGCUGCGGGAGGGCGAGGAGCGGAGCCGGCACGCGCGGCGCGAGAAGGAGAAGGUGCUGAGGCAGCUCCAGGAGCUCAAGGAGGAGAUGAAGCAGGCGAGGGCCGAGGCCCGGGACGGCCUGGCCAGGCUGGUGAUGCAGAGCUGCGCUGCCCUGAAGGCUCUGGAGAGCGUGGUGGGGAAGGCCCAGCGCAUCCUGCGUCUGGCUGAGAUGUGCCGUAAGCUGGAGACAGAGGAGGAGAAAGUGCUGCCCUUCUACCCAUCCUCACUGGAAGAGAAGGAGCUUCAAGAUGCACAGAACGCCCUGGAGCAGAUGCCCAUAGAGCCCUUGGCCAGGGCUCUGUGGGACUACACGGGGCUGGAGCGCUUCUGGCAGCGGUUUAACAAGGUGAAGCUGGAGGAGCAGGCACUGGAGCGGGAGCGGGCGGCCCUGGGCCAGAGGAACCAGCAGCUGCGGGAACUGCUGAGGCAGUACCUGGCGGGGAUCUCCAUCGGUCAGGAGGGCUCAGUGAACCCCCUCCUCACCAUUGAGAUCAAGAGCUGCGUCCCCAAGGGCUUACCCCAUGCUGGAGGGCACCGUGCACAAGCUGACCACGGUGCCACACGCCCCAACAGCCCUGGCCCCAUCCACGGGUCUGGCAGCACCAGCUGAGAAUCCCCCACCAGGGACAGGACAGAGACUGUGA